GACGAAUGGUAAAGGAGAAAACGCUGUGAAUCAAAGUUUGUGGUCCAUCCGAAAUCUCCUAAGGCUGGAUUUUAUUUAAACCUCCAACGAUCGAUUUUAAGUGCCUUAUUCGCUAUCUGCAAGGAUGCCAAAAGGUUUUCUGGUAAAAAGAAACAAAAAAGCGACACCUGUGUCUUACAGGAUUCGCUCUGAAGAAGAAGGUCAGGAACAGAUUCAAGAGUUUCCUAAUCAAAAUGAAGCAUCGCCUCCCGCUUCUCCCUUAUCCAUCUCUAAAUACAAUGGAGGAGCAUCACCAAAUAAUGAGGCAGACACUGCAAUCCCGAGGCAGGAUGCUAAACCAGUUCAAUUUGGCAUUCCGGAGGCAGUGUACCAAGCGCUCUACAGCCCCACCCGGCCCGUCAGCAAAGAACAUGGGAGGACGUAUUUUGAGAGACAUUUCAAUCUUGGCUCACCCAUUUCUGCUGAGUCUUUUCCGACACCUGCCGCGCAGACGAAUUUGGAUCAACUUUUGUUUGCUCCAGUGGAUUUGAAAAUAGGUACUAGCAACAGCAACCGGAACGGCACCACCAGCACCAUACCGCCCGCUGCAAUCAGGAACGCAACCAAAAGGCCGUUUUCCGACCCUGAACGCAAGGGCAAGCCUGUAUCAAAGAAACCCAAAGCUAUCAGGAAACUUCAUUUUGAAGAUGAGGUCACCACUUCCCCAGUGCUUGGCCUGAGAAUAAAAGAAGCACCGAUAGAUCAAAAACCGAGGCAACCGUCAACAGGAGGUAACAAGCCUUUAGGGGAAUUCAUCUGUCAGUUGUGCAGGGAAGAAUACGGCGACCCAUUCGCUUUAGCUCAGCACAAAUGCUCCAGAAUAGUUAGGGUUGAAUACAGGUGCCCCGAGUGUGACAAGGUUUUUAGCUGCCCAGCUAACCUAGCCUCUCACAGGCGCUGGCACAAACCCAGACCCCCAAGCGCAACUGCGAUGACGGCUACGCAAGUUACCAAAGCUGACGUCGUUAAUGUGUAUUCUGGCGAUAAGUCUAUGUCACAGGAUUUCAAGGACGUUAGAUCCGAAGUCGGGAGUGACAGGGACACACCCAGUCCCGGAUCAUCCGACUCGGGGUCAGAAGAUGGUUUGUACGAUUGCCACCUUUGCAGAAAGAAAUUUAAACGCCAGGCGUACCUGAGAAAGCACCUUCUGGGACACAAUGCCUCGCAGAAUAAAACGCACGAUGAAGUUAUUUCUCCAUCUGUGCAAAAUGCGGAAAACGGGGAGACACCCAAAGAGGUACUUUCUUCAGACGAAAGCCAAAGCCCAUCUCCUCUUAAUUUAAGUUCCACUGAGUGCCAUCUGUGCCCUGUUUGUGGAGAAAACUUCACCAGCAGGGUGAACCAGGAGAGACACCUCCGCCUCCUGCACUCCUCCCAGGUUUUCCCCUGCAAAUAUUGCCCCGCCACGUUCUACAGCUCGCCGGGACUUACGCGGCACAUCAACAAAUGUCACCCCUCUGAAAACAGGCAAGUCAUCCUCCUUCAAAUGCCCGUCCGACCAGCUUGCUAAACUACGAGAAAAAGUCGUGCCUUCCCGUUGAAAAAAAAAAAAUGUAUCAUGAAGGGAUCUCUUUCCAUCACACCGAGGUCACGUCGUUGGCAUGGCGAUGCAAGACCUGUCUCCUUCGAACUAUACAAUGGACGAUGAAAUGUAUGGAAAUGUAUGGGACUAUAACUUUAAUGAUAUAUUUUCAAAUUCAUCUUAGUUUAUCAAAAGAAAACAAAACGGUAGACUAUCUGAAAUAUUUUUCUAGGACCUCUGCACAAGUGAUAAUGUAAUAGCUUCUAGACCUAAGAGAGGGAUACUGUAGUUGUUUUUAAAUGUAUCUUAAUUCACAGGCUGUGAACUGUCCACCCACUUCAGCUUUAUUAUAGCUUGUGAAUCGAUUGGCAUUGGAUUUUAGCUUUGCCUUUAAACAACAGACACUUCUUUAAACUUGCCCCUCUAGUGUAGCCAUAAAUGCCUUGAAUUAGAAUGUUUCUUACAUCAGUACCCCCCGGCUAUGUAACUGCCUUAAAAAGUGAAAUUUGAAGUAAUGAUUGAUGAUUAUUUAUUAUUUAUCUUGAACGACUUAGGGUAUAUAUUAUAUGAUUGUUAUUUUUAAUACCGCAAUAUAUGUGACUUCAUGAUUAUUUAUUUAUUUAUUUAUUCACACUGUUGUAUGUAAUUUAUUAAUCUGCGUGGUCGGUCAUUUUGACAUUCUACAUGCCGUAGCCAAAUGUUUCCUUUGUCGAAUGUAUCUGUUUCAUUGCCCUCCAGCAUUUUGAGGAUGGUGCACACAUGUAAUACAAUCGAUACAGAUCUUGUAAAACAUAGCUCUUAGAUGCAAUCCUUUUCUAAAAACAAGUUAUUUUCUUAAACUUUAGCUUUUUAUAGCGCUUCAGUCGUAUGUUUCAAUCGUGUUUGUUAAGUCAAAUAAAUAAACAAAAUAAAAUGAAA